AUGGGAUCAUUAGCAGGGCCUCCAACGAUGCGUAUCAUAAACUUGAAACGCACAUUAGUGUUGAUCGACGCCACGUUUCUUGAAUGGGAAGCUAAACAUCCACCCUUCGAUCCAAAUAUAUACGAGGAAGUUUUAGAUCCUGAGCUAUGUGCGAAACAAAUACAAUAUUUGACUUUGAACGAUACGCUUUUACUGAUGACAUUUCUCGAGUCAGGCCCAAGACUACCUAGAGGAAUUCUGCAGGGUAAUCUUCUAGAUCUAGGAAAUUACCAUCAAUGCCUUGGUAUUAACACAGAAAUUGAUGAUAUGGUUAUUGAUGGGAAGUAUUGUCAAAUAAGUAUUGGAUUGUCAGAUCUUGUUAACUUAGGAAGUGCAACUGAAUUGGAAAGCGUAAAGAAAGCUAGUGAUACUAUAAAAGAUGAGGUAUAUCUAUAUGAAAGAAUACAAAAACAUUUAGAAACCCUGGAUGGGAUAGAAAGGAAAAAAUAUUUAAGAACGGGUGCAGGUAAUAUUGAUGAUUUACACUUUAGUGUAGCUAUUUGUAUACCAAAGCCCUGCUCCAUAAGACAGGCAUUGCCAAAUCUGCUUGGAGCUGAGGUUAUCAAUUUUGAAGAACAAUACUGCAGAUUCAAAAACGACAAACCGUGGGCACCUGGGGUUUAUGUGGCUAUUGUCAUCUUCAGUUUGAUUGUUUUACUGGCCAUACUUAGUACAAGUUACGAUAUUUGGAAUACGCUUAUUCGUAAAAGGGACCCCAAAUCACUCAAUAAAAUUCAUCAAUCAUUCUCAGUAUACACCAAUUCUCGGCGUCUUAUUACAUUUAAUCCAGUUCGAGGCGCUAUAGAAUGUGUCGACGGCAUUAGAGCAAUAACUAUGGUUUGGAUUGUAAUCGGGCACUUAUUUGCUUUUCCACCAACUAUUGUAAAUAACUUGGAUUUCUAUCAGUGGAUUUUCUCCUGGGGUUCAAUGUGGUUGACUGGGGCACCAAUUGGUGUGGAUACUUUCUUCAUGAUGAGCGGUUUGCUGAUCGUCUACACGAGUGUUGGAAAACUUAGCAAUAUGAAACUAUUAAAAAACCUCCAUCUGUUUUACCUCAAUCGAUAUCUACGAUUAUUUCCUCUACUAGCCUCAACCGUAUUGCUGCAAAUCGGUGUAUUACAUUAUAUACACGACGGUGCAAAUUGGCUUGGAGUAGCUGCCCUGACUGAACGUUGUAGGAGAAACUGGUGGUCAUCAAUACUUUAUGUGCAAAAUUAUAUUCGACCCACGUGUUUACCUCAGACCUGGUAUUUAGGAAUUGAUAUGCAACUGCACAUCGUAUCCCCACUGAUUUUAUUCUGGGUAUUAUCAAGCAAAAAGAAAAUCGCCUGGUCUGCUCUAGCUAUUGCAGUAUUAGCUUCUCUCACCGCAACAUCUAUUUACAACUUCUUGAGUAAUUUCACUGGUACUGAUAUACGGCCUAUUUUGAGCGCAGGUGAGAUGGAUAGAUAUUAUAGAAACUAUUAUUUUAAUACAUUUACAAGAUCUCCACCUUUCUUUCUUGGGAUGUGCUUUGGAUACUUGAUCCACUAUUGGCGAGAAAGGAAUAUUCGAAUUACUAAGGUCGUGAAUUGCAUAUUAUGGGUGUUUAGCUUAGCCAUAUUGUCGUUUGCUUUUUAUGCGACUACGCCGAUGAAAAAUGCUGACUUCGAUAAGCAAAUUUAUGAUAACUUUGUGAAUUCCUUCAUGCGACCAGUGUGGGCUCUUGGACUUGGCUGGCUUAUUCUUGCUUGCGCCGAAGGUUACGGAGGUCCAAUUAACUGGUUCCUGUCGCUGCAGUUUUGGAAAUUGCCAUCUCGGCUUUCCUUUGCGAUAUAUUUGUUGCAUUUGCCCAUACAAUUCGUCAUAAGAGGAGCCGCUACGCAACACAUUUAUUUCUCUGCGUUGAAUUUUAUUUACAUCUGUUGCGGCCAAUUUGUGAUAAUUUUCAUGGUCAGCUUUGUUUUUACAAUUCUGGUGGAUUCUCCGUGUUGUAUUCUUUUCAAGAUACUCUUAGGAGGUGGUAUAAAAAAUCCGAAAUCAGAAGAACUUGGCGACAAAAGAAACAUUCGAAAAUGAUUAAUGGUUGACAAUGACAGUAUCAUGUAACAAACAAUCAAUAUUCAAAUCAAUAUUUUAUUUAACUAGUAAUUUGCUUAGUCAUAGGUAUACCUACGAGUAUCUUUUUGCGAUGAUUCACUAUGAAAUGAAAAUGUUUGAUGUCGAUUGUUAGUAAAGAUAAUUAAAUUUCUUAAACGUGAGUAGGACAAUAAUCAGCCAAAUAUUAAUAAACAAUAAUAAUAUUUUAUUUCAAAUUUUGAUAAUUUCAUGUCGCUGGCACCUUGAGCUCGUUGGUAGGCUCAUUUUUUUCUUGAUUAGUCACAAGUUGAUUGUGAUCGUUGUCGUCUUGCUGCUGUGUGUCAGAUUUUUUAAUAUCUGCAAAAUAUUAUCAAAAUAAUGACAUGAAAUAUUUACGAAGUUAUUUCGGUUUC